AUGGGUACCGAUAAGAGUAUGCUUAAUUAUUCACCUGGAAGAUCUGCUUUUCCACCCUACGCUAUGCAGUGCUUCCGAUUUUGCUGCGCGAUUGUAUUUACCCUCAAAGUUCUUUUCAUUCCAUGCUAUUAUAGUACUGACUUUGAGGUUCAUCGCAACUGGAUGGCCAUUACACAUACACUUCCUUUGCGUUUGUGGUAUUACGAGAAUACUUCGGAGUGGACUCUCGACUAUCCUCCACUUUUCGCCUUUUUUGAAUACUCAUUGUCACAGGUUGCAUCAAAAAUCAUUCUUUCUCCUCCAUUGGUGGUGCAAAAAGAUGCAUAUUUUUCUAGUGAAUUGUUACUUUUCCAGAGACUUUCAGUCAUUGCGAUGGAUAUUAUUUAUGUUUUAUCAUGUUUUUUUCUAAUGAGAAGCCUCUGUGAGGAACGCAGUGGAGAUAAAUGUCUUAAAAAGAAUUCAGUAGCUGCCGGGAUAUUUCUUGUAACCAACGUCUCUCUGAUUCUAAUCGAUAAUAUACAUUUCCAAUACAAUGGUUUUUUGGCAGCAUUUCUGUUACUUUCUUCCACGUGGGUAAUGAGAAAGUCUUUCAUUCUUGUAAGUCCGCUGAUUGAUUUUUUUCAUCGAUAUGAGGGUGCGCUGAUGUACUGCAUAUUGUUAAAUAUGAAGCAUAUUUAUUUAUAUUACGCUCCUGCUUAUGUAUUUUAUUAUAUGGUUAAUUAUUUGCUUCCUUUCAAUAAAUCAUUCAUAAUUCGCUGUGCAAAAUUGACGGCUGUUCUUAUUCUUCCAUUUGCUUUAGCUCUUGGUCCAUUCAUUUACUUUUGUGGUCCUAUCGUUUUGCAACAAAUAUGGAAAAGAUUAUUCCCCUUUGAGCGUGGAUUAACGCACGCAUAUUGGGCGCCAAAUUUGUGGGCACUGUACAACUUUGCUGAUUGGUAUUUUUAUCAAGUUUUGAGACUAGCGAAACGAUUACCUCCAAAAGUUCAUCCACCUAAUUAUACUUCGGGCAUCGUUCAGCAAUUUGCACACUCUAUUCUACCUUGUGUAACGCCGUUUGUAACUUUCUUGGUAACUGGAAUAUUACUUGUUCCCGUAGUAUUUUUCACUCGCAGACGAUGUUUAAGGAAUUUUCCUCUCUUGUUAACGCUGUCUGCAUUCGCUUUUUUUCUUGGUGGAUAUCAUGUUCAUGAAAAAGCUAUUGUUCUCAUCACUAUUCCUUACACUCUUUUGGCUUCCUUAGAUCACCGAUUCCUGCCGUCUUUCAUAGUCCUUUCAGUUAUUGCAAAUGUUUCAUUGUUUCCUCUCUUUUUUACUUCAAUGGAAAGUAUUAUAAAGGUGUCAGUCACUCUUUGUUACAUGUUUUUAUCUGUCGCUAUUAUGCUCUUUCUCUGUCCGAAAAGGAAACUUAGUGCCUUGCAGAGAGCCUUCUUAGUUGGAGUAUCGGUUAUUCAGUUUUACUGCUUAGUUACACAUCAGUGGAUCUUUGGUGACGAUUUGAAGUUCAUGCCUUUAAUGUUAACUUCUUUGUCAACAGCUCUUGGGAUUUUGUGGAUCUAUUUAGAAUUAUUGUGGGUAAUUUUUUUUGAUGGUGUGCAGAGUGCAGAAGGCACUUGCUCUUGUAAAAAAUUGAAAUCAUGA